AUGAGGAGAAUUCUGUAUUCAAUAUACUGGCUUUUAUACUCUCUCUUUAUUUUUGUUGUUGUCUUUCUAUUUCUUUCUUUUUUCUUUAACAAUCCUUUAUUCUUUCUUUUCUUUUCUUUUUUUCCUUUUUCUUCCUUUGGUCUUCCUUUCACACUUCAACUCUCUUUCCUUCCACGCUUUUCUCAUUCUCUUUUCUCUGUUCCGUUCUAUCUCUGUAUUUUUCGUUUUUCUCUUUUCCCUUUUUUUCUCUUAUUCCCUCUACUCUCUAUAUGCACCAUCACUCUCUUCACUCCCACUUCGCGAACGCAGCUCUCGUUGUCCGCCCACUUUCUGACUAAUCACAGUGAUCACAUCACAUCGUCUGAUGGAAUCUUCUGCUUCUUUUUCUGUCGUAUUGCCUUAAAUCUAAACAUGCGAGAUAACUCCUCUUUUUUUUCAUUUCUUCUUCCCCCCUUCCUCUCCCACAAUUUAGUUCUUUCUUCCUUCCUUAUUUUUUUUUCGUUUUCUAUUUUGUUCCUUUUACACACCAUUUUUUUUUUGUUGUUUCCUCUUUCAUUUUCCUUUCUUAAAAUAUUAUUUCGUGCUUUUUUUUCACUAGUGUUUUUAAUUCCCUUCUUCUGUAUAUUCAUUCAUUCAUUCUUUAUCAAAAUUAUUCUUUCUUUCUAA